AUGUUCGCCCGUUCGUCGCUCGUUGCCGCCCGCGCUGCCGCCCGCCGCUCGCCCGCCCAGGCGCGCUCGUUCCACGUCGACAACGUCAUCAACAACACGACGCCGUUCGACCAGACCAACGGCACCAAGCUCGCCAUCUACAUGGUCGCCUUCUUCGGCGGUGGCUUCAGCAUCCCGUUCCUCAGCGGCGCCACGCCUCGCUUGGCACUGGCCUACCAGAUCCGCAAGGCGUCGGCAUAA